UCCGUUGAGCCAACUUACGCCUUCCAUGUAUUCAACCGAAAGGACUCAAGCAAAAAUGUGACCCAGCAUAUAACGGCGGAGCUAGAAAUUCAGGUGGAACCUCCGUACUUGCUUUACAAAACCCGAAAAUGUAUUUAUUCAAUGUGGUUUUAUGAGCGAGAAGAUUGCGUUCGUAUCGGUAAUCUCAUAAAGGAAUUGAAAAGCAGUAUUGAUUCGCGUAAGGAUCCUCUACUUUCCCGUCUGCAAAGCCUCUCAGUUUCAUCGCCUGCAAGGACGCCAUCUGGGGAAAAUCCACCCUCGCAUCAAGAGGACCAACCGGAAAAGAAUGCAUCGAUUAUCCAAAUCCUGUCAAUGGCUUCUGCUGAAUUUGAGUUGACUGCUCCUCCCAAACCAGCCAAAUGUGACCUGGGCAGCGAGUUUUUGCAGUUCUUGACUCGUAGAGACCUUCCGUCUGGCAGCCAACCCUCUCUCCCGGUGUGGCGACAGUCAGCACCGGAAGGCGGUGGUCAAGAGGGCCUGCUCGCGGUUAGCAAGAAGUCCGAGGAGCACGAUACCGACGCGGGCUACUUGGAGGACACUGAGGGUGAGGACGAGGACGAGCCAGCUCCACGAACCCUCCUCGAGACCCUUGCAACACCCCCUCAUCCACUUCCUCCCCCAUCUUAUACCAGAACCUCCAGCGGUCACCGGCGGGAACAGCACCCUCCAGUCGUCGAGGGUCUCACUCGGGGCCAGCUGAAGGCUGCGCUGCUGCACUUACUGGAGCACGACGACAACUUCCUCACUUCGAUCCACAACGCCUACGUGGCGAGCCUCAACAGGAGACUCGUGUUAGAAGACGGAGAUGUUCGCGACAAUUAG